UCCUGCAUUUGGCUGUUGAUCGCCACGUUCUUCCGACUUCCGGUGUCCGGCACUCACAGCAUUGUGGGAGCCACUGUCGGAUUCAGUCUUGUUCGAUUUGGAGUGAAAGCCAUCAACUGGAUCGGUUUAGCAAAGAUUGAUACCAGUCAUGGGAAGAAGGCCCUAGCUGCGAGUAUUCACCAUACACCAGGACCUCAUCGAACGAGUACUAGGGCUGUCUGCUUCCUACCAGAUUACAUUCGCCUAAAUCUUGCAUCGUGGUUCAUAUCCCCGGCGCUCAGUGGUCUCGUAUCUGUAGGCAUAUUUUCCAUUCUCCAUUACCUCGUGCUGAUAAAGGACGAGCCUCUUGAACCAGCUCUGCGACUUCUCCCUGGCUUCUACGGUACCGUGAUCGCCAUUAACGUGAUUUCGGUGCUUCUCGCCGGAGCAACUGCCGGAGACGAUGCCGGUCCUGGUUUAGGCGACAAGAUGUAUGCAGCUCUAAAAUGCCACCGAGUAGAAAUGCUCUGCCAACGACUGCGGAGAGAUCGAAAGGCAAAGAAAACACUUGAUAAAGAGGAGAACGGGAGUCAGAGAAAGCCAACGGAAAUAAGCAUCGUGGUGGAGGAAGCCAGUCCUGAUCUGAAUUCAAGUCGCAACGGGAGAAACGGGAAAACAGGUGUGGAUGACAGACAUGAAUCUGCAACAAGUGUCUCCGGUAGACAAAACUCCUUCCGACUUGUGCCGACAAAAUUUGAGGUAACUAGCACAAAGCCAGCGGAACCCCCUGCAGAACCUGUCCAUUACUUGGCCGUGAGAGCGUAUCCCACUGAGCACGACUUGUCAGUCACAAGACGUGGAAUGUUGACACAACCCGUACUACCCCCGAUUGGAGAGGAAGAACCGCAGGAACUGGAAAUAAUCAGCGAUCGUCCACACGAAUACAAGGUGUUUUCGCAAUUACAAAUCCUCACAGCUGUGUUCGAUUCGUUUGCGCACGGAGGCAAUGACGUCAGG